GCUUAUGAAACAAAGUUGUGCGGCAGCAGAGAGCAGGUUGACUGAGUGACUCAGGCUUUAACUAGACCGGCACACAUCGUUUACCCGUACACCAAAAAGGAAGGAGAAGAAAUGUUUUUUUCCUUGGGCUUGACAUAAAUAUCACCCUUUAGGAGCCAGCACGAGAAUUAAAUGGCCCCAAAUUCCAUCCACUGGUUCCGGAAGGGCCUCCGUCUCCAUGACAACCCAGCGAUACUGCAGGCGGUCCGAGGGGCAGGCACCGUGCGCUGUGUUUACUUCCUGGACCCUUGGUUUGCAGGCUCGUCCAACGUUGGGGUCAACAGGUGGAGGUUUCUCCUCCAGUGUUUGGAGGAUCUGGACGCCAACCUUCGGAAGCUCAACUCUCGCCUUUUUGUCAUCAGGGGCCAACCCGCCAACGUGUUCCCACGGCUCUUUAAGGAGUGGAAGAUCUCUCGCCUGACCUUUGAGUAUGACUCUGAGCCUUUUGGGAAGGAGAGAGACGCUGCCAUCAAGAAGCUGGCCAUGGAGGCAGAGGUGGAGGUCAUCGUGAAGACAUCACACACCCUGUAUGAUCUGGACAAGAUCAUAGAGCUGAAUGGUGGACAGCCUCCUCUCACCUACAAGCGUUUCCAGACUCUGAUCAGUCACCUGGAUCCUCCUGAGAUGCCUGUGGAGACACUGUCAGACACCCUGAUGGGUUGCUGCGUCACCCCCAUCUCUGAGGACCACGGAGACAAGUACGGGGUCCCGUCCCUGGAGGAGCUGGGCUUCGACACUGAGGGCCUGCCUACAGCGGUUUGGCCGGGAGGAGAGACCGAGGCUCUGACCAGGAUAGAGCGCCAUCUGGAAAGAAAAGCGUGGGUGGCUAAUUUUGAGCGUCCCAGAAUGAAUGCCAACUCACUGCUGACCAGCCCAACAGGCCUCAGCCCUUACCUGCGCUUCGGGUGCCUCUCUUGUCGCCUGUUCUACUUCAAGCUCACUGAACUUUACCGCAAGGUGAAAAAGAACAGCUCCCCUCCACUCUCCCUGUAUGGCCAGUUGCUGUGGCGGGAGUUCUUCUACACCACAGCAACCAACAACCCACGCUUUGACAAGAUGGAGGGGAACCCCAUCUGCGUCCGCAUCCCUUGGGAUAAAAAUUCGGAAGCACUUGCUAAGUGGGCAGAAGCUAAGACAGGUUUUCCCUGGAUAGACACCAUCAUGACUCAGCUGAGGCAGGAGGGCUGGAUCCAUCACCUGGCCAGGCAUGCAGUGGCUUGCUUUCUCACCAGGGGAGAUUUGUGGAUCAGUUGGGAGGAAGGAAUGAAGGUCUUUGAGGAGUUGCUUCUAGAUGCAGACUGGAGCGUGAAUGCAGGAAGUUGGAUGUGGCUGUCCUGCAGUUCAUUUUUCCAGCAGUUCUUCCACUGCUACUGCCCCGUGGGCUUCGGGCGACGCACCGACCCCAACGGAGACUUCAUUAGACGAUACUUACCUGUCCUCCGAGGUUUCCCUGCUAAAUUCAUCUAUGACCCAUGGAACGCUCCAGAGUCCGUGCAGGUAGCCGCCAAGUGCAUCAUAGGCGUCCAUUACCCGAAGCCCAUGGUGCACCACGCAGAGGCGAGCCGACUUAACAUCGAGAGGAUGAAGCAGAUCUACCAGCAACUGAGCCGAUACAGGGGACUGGGCAUGCUGGCGUCAGUGCCGUCCACCAAUGGGAAUGGAAAUGGAGGAAUGAUGGCCUACACUCCUGGAGAGCAGCAGUCGGGGACCAACAACAACUCACAUUUGCCUGAAGUGUCGGGAAGCUCCGUUGCAACGGGUAACGUCAGCGGGAGUAUCCUACUCAAUUUUCACAAUGACGAACCCAUGGAGCCUGGCAGCAGACGACUGCAACUGCACUCGCAACAGUAUGGAUACCACUCAGUGCCAGAAGCCACCAAAACCAUCACCAGCAGCCAAGUCUACCACAAGUUUGCUGUGCCUCAACUCCCAGGACUCCGCUUGCACAGCAGAAGCAGUAUCACAGGAAAGCGGGAACGCGAGUCGGAGCGAGAAGGGUCGGGCGAGAAAGACCCGGCGUCCUGCUCUGCGCACAAGAUACAGCGGCAGAGUGCAAAGACCUAGAGCAGGCGGUGGAGAGACUGAAUCCCAAUUGGAGUCAGCGCAGAGAGGAAAUCCUAAUGUUGCCACCUGUUCUCCAAACACACGCAGACAUGCCGCCUCUUCAAACGUCUUAAACUGCCCUCUGUCUUUACAGUCAGACAAUUCCCAGUGGAGGAAACACAAAGGUGAAAACAUGAUUGUGAUUUUUAUUUUAUUUUUACACAAAUUUAAAAGGGGUAUGACAUCAGUUUCCAUUGACCUCUGACCUCUUGCAGUUGCGUACAGAAAGGACACGCGUGACGACCUCAGAGGAAUGUGCGAAAAGAUAUCGCCUCAAACUUACAGCUAGAUAAAGUAUUUUCUAAAAAAAAAAGCCAGUAUGAACGCUGUGUGAACGCUGAAGCAGCUAUAAAUGUAAGUAAUGGAAUAUGUAAUAUUUUUUAAAGCUGCAAAUACAACUAUAUCAAUUACCUUGUCUGCUCUUUCAUACACCAAUGUAAAACCAAUAAUAAUUUAGUCAGUUUAUGGAACUAAUUUUACUACUGCUUUGUAUUGUGUUCGUCCUUAAUGUGCUGCAUCUCAUAGUGCUCACUAGGAAAACACCAUCACCUCACACAUGCUGAACGGUCAGCCUCACUCCAGGAAUAUGUUGUUGUCACAAGUUGUUUACAUUGGGAAAAGGCUGUUUAUACUGAUAUUUAAUAUUUAUGUUUCUCGUGUUGUAGAGAUGAAACGUUUGUAAAUAUGCCAAAAAGACUUUUACCAAGAUUGUUUUUCCCAGAUAAAAUGUGUCCAUCCAACAAUGAAGGACGCUGUUAUUCUAAUCUCUAAACCAGGGAUAACCAAACCUUUUUGAAUGUGGGACAUAUACAGCCAAAUCUAACAAUUAAUUAAAUACUUUUGAACUCUAAUACAGUGCAUGGCCUAAGAGGCCACUUAAAACAUAAUGAUGUAAAUAUUAAGACGCAACAAACUGAACAUACAGAAUUGGUCAAAUAUUAGUUACGGAGAUCAUUUCUCUAAAUUUAGUUGACAUUUAGUCUUUAAACUAGGGUGUACAACGUACAUUCAGUGAAAUGUUUUAGAAAUACGCUGAAGCCAUAUUCUAGUUUUUAUUUAUUUUAUUAAAAGCAGGCCAUUUAAAAACGGGUAGCUGGUCGAGGUUCGGCCAGCCCAGUUUUAAACCGUAUUAAACUCUGAUUUCAAUGAGCAAAGUGACUGAGAGCACACGAGCAGUCACAGUAACUGCCUGGAAGGUUAUUUUCAGGGACGUUAUUGAGAGUAUUAGUAAUUGAGAAAUGUGUAAUUUGUCGAGCCUCUCUCACUAGUUUUCAUGUAAAUGUCGGGUUCUUCAGGCACUGGAGGUCCAGUCGAUGAGAUAUAGGGUUGAGGCAACCGUCAGCACUGUGUAUGUGUCAUCCCUCCCGCUGGCUGGUUUGCAUGUGUCAUCACUAGAUUUGUAUCGACAGCUAAAAGCUGAUAUUUUUCUGGUUUUCCAGACAUUAUUCAAGACUUAGAUGUCAAAGAUAUCAAGGAAACCGGUUUGGAGAUUAACUUCUGUCAAAUACCACGUCAGAGAGAUCACAGACAGUUGGGUGCAAACUCCUCUCUCAUUUUUCUAAGAUUUCUUAUAAAAAACUAAAAACUUGCUCGACAAAAAGGAAAGAAAAAAUAAAUAUAACAAAGUUGAGUCAACACUAAUUCUGUCAGCUGACCAGAAACCAAUAUUCCUCAGAAAGGAUAACGCUCUCCUCUUGAAGGAUGUAUACUACUGCACAGGGAGUUCAGCAAUAUACAUGUAUGGAUACCUGCAACAUUUUAAAACCUGGAUAUAUUUCAAACUGAAAAUAAAAACUAACCAAUGAAUAACCUUUGCAAAAUGACUACAAUUGGAUAUAUAAAUUUGUAGAAAAUAGAGUUGUUCUAAUACCGAUGCAAUAUUGGAAAUGCCUCCAAUGCAGCCUAAAAUGAGUAUCAGCCGUGACACCAGUCUAUGCACCCGUGAUAUCAUUCAUCACCCAUUUACCCAAUCAUUACCUCCUGCCUGAUCAGUCGUACAUGUACAGAGUCGUACUACACACAUGGUUAAAAAUGUAUCGUGCACCCUAAUUUUUCUCUGAUAAUGCUAGCAAAGUAAUGUAACACGGACAAAAUAGAUAUUUGAGAGGGAAUAAUGACCUCUCUUCUCGACACUAGCUCAAAGCAACUUAUUGUACCAAUCAAAACCAGGUUUUUAAUCAAAGCAAAUAUUUAAAUGAAUCUAUUUAUUUUUAUUUUCAUACGCACUGUGCAUUUGUGUAUCGGCCGAUAUAGAGUACCGAUCUGAUACACACAUUCAGGUAUUGUGAUCAGGAAGGGAAAAGAGAAUGAGAAGAGUCUCAAAAUGGCUUGAACUUGGCUUAAAUGAAUUCAACCAGAGAAUGUAAGAACUUGGCUAAAAAAUCACAGAAGCAAAAAAGUGACAAAUACAUCAUUUGAAGUGCCAACAUUUUGUGCCAAAUAAAGAAGAGUAAUAAAUGAAGAGUUUAUAUUGUGUGCAGUACUCCAUAUUGUUCAUCUAUGACCACACUGCCCUCAGCUUCAGGAGUAACUCAGAGGGAAUAAAGGGGAAGGAGGCAGAGAUGUAGUGUCUUUGUUCUGUAUUGUUUCAAGAGGAUUUGAACAUUGUCAGGUUUCUGUAGCUUUUAUCACGAUGAUUCUGUUUUGUUUUAUUCUCCCUUCUGUGACAUGAAGGUGAAAACAAAUGCCAUCCAUUGUCUUAUUAUGCUCUUUUUCAGUCUCUCCUAUUGUUGUAAAAAGCUUUUCUUGUGCUUGACCAAUUUCAAUGCGGGAAAUAAAAAUUGUUACAACUUGA